AUGACUCAGUCCUUCUUAGAAGAUAUGUAUAUAAACUUUCUCAUGCGACAGAAGAUCAUGAAAUAUGUGGAAGACUUACACGCCACCCUUCCCAUCAACACAGAUGACUUCGACAUGGGCAAAUUAGAGCUCGGCUCUUUCUCUAUGGACCAUAUCUCCAAAGCCAUCAUAGCCUACGUCAAGCACGGACACUCAUCUCGACAAGAAGAAGCGAAGGACACCUUUGAGUUCGGAGGUAUCUUCAACAUUGGCAAACCAGAAAACCUCCCAGAUCUUAAACGCCUAUUUCAACUGUACAACUCAGCUUACUUCAACGGUUUACUGACAGACUACUGUCGUAUUGAGACUGUGGAAGCUUGUCGUAUAUCAAAGCGCACGGGAAAGAAAGCUUGUCUUUCCGGAACCUGUGAGAUCUUCAGACCUGGAGAAGAACGAAAUCCACGAUACAGAAUCAAGGACCCAUAUGUGAAGAUCACCAUUGUGCAAGACAAAACGAGGAAAUGUCUUCGAACCAGUCCAGAGAUAUCAAAGAGAACUGUUAAGCAACAUACUGGAGAAGGAGGCCAUCAUUUAGCUUGGCAAGCAACUGCUCAAGCGAUCGAAGAAGCCGAUGAGGCAGGAAGCGCAAUGUUCGGCUUCGGGACAGACUUGUCUCGUAACGAACUGAUGGCGCGUGACAUGCAGCUUGGCUACAACCAUCCUGAUGAUGCUGCUCUACGCUCUGUGGGUCUGGAUAUAGUGGAGAUAUUGAAGUAUCGGGAUGCAUAUCGUCAAGAAGAUGCAGAGAGAGACAGACUGAAAGACAAGAUUAUCUUCUUACGAGGCUCUUCCUGCUUGCGGGCGCAUUGGGCUAUUACUGGUUGAG